AUGGGCCCCUGUACCGCCUCCUCAUGCUGCUGCCAGGCCCGUAAUCUGCCAUGGGCCCCCGUACCGACUCCUCAUGCUGCUGCCAGGCCCGUCAUCUGUCAUGGGCCCCUGUACCGCCUCCUCAUGCUGCUGCCAGGUCCAGAGUGUGUCAUGGGUCCCUGUACGGCCUCCCAUUGCUGCUGUCUCCAUCGCCACACUCUGCCAUGUGCCACUUUCAGGUCUCCUCACACUGCUGGUGGGUUUCCAUUUUGUCAUAGGGUGCUGUAUGGCCUCCCAUUGCUGCUGCCUCCACCGCCACACUGUGGCUCCACACUCUGGUUUUGGCCCCGUGACUGCCCAAAUGAGUGAAGUGUGCGGUGAUUCUAAGAUCGACGGCACUCAUCUGCAUGUCAUACUGACUGACAGUAUUAUUUCUCUUCCCCAGCAGACUCCAAGGGCAUUUAAAUUAAAGGUACAGUGUUCUGCACUAAUAUAA